UAUAUGUUGUUGAGAUUGUAAUUUGAAUUUCAGAGAUGAGCAAGUACGAAGAUUAUAACAACGUGUCACGUAACUAUGACAACCAGCGGUUUGCUAUGGGCUCGGAUGUCAUGGCGGCCAUGAUGCAGUUACACUGUGGAAAACCCUUGAAAGAUAUACACGUCCUUGAUGCAGGCUGUGGAACCGGAAAUUACGCAAAGGCUUUAAUCGAAUAUGGCGUCGGACACGUGACAUUGUUAGACGCUUCGCCAGGCAUGCUAGAAAAGGCAAAGGUCAAACUUGCUGACUCUAUUGAAUCGGGAAGAGUAAAAGAAGUGGUUGAAGCAACAAUGCCGCCAAUUCCGUUCCCAGACGACAGUUUUGAUGCCGUAAUGUUUAAUUUGGUCUUGCACCAUCUUGACACAACCGGAAGUGGCAGUUUCUCUGCAGCGACUCAAUCAUUAAAGGAAUCCGUACGCGUACUCCGUCCUGGAGGCAUCGUGAUACUUUCUACAGUCUUGCCUUCUGUUAUCUCACACGCUGUCUGGUAUGCUCAGAUCAAUCUGGCGUUGACAGAGCGCUUUAAUAAGAUUAUGCCAACUAUGGAACAGUUUGAUGACAUGUUCGAAUCCAGUCAUCUGAGUUGCAAACAAAAAUUGAAUAUUCUUGGAGCCGAUCUUGUUAAGGAUUACUAUAACUUUGAAGGUCCUUUAGACCAGGCUUGGCGCGAUGCGGUGUCAUACUGGAAUUUUGCUACUCCAGAUGAGUUAAAUGAUGUCAAACGAAAGGUGCGUGACUUAAAGCAAUCCGGAGAGCUUGAACAGUGGUGUAAACAGCAUGAUAACGUGACUACCUCUGGAUUUCUGACGUUCCUGUUUUGCCAGCCAAAAUAGAAUUAUUUCACGGACAAUUAAUUCAGAUAAAACAACAUUAUCACAGUAUUAUCUAAUUAAAAACUUCAGUAUUUUGAGUAUUUUCAUAAACACAAUUUUACUUGGGGCUAUGUUCAUCGAACGUCGCUCUCUCGUUGAUUGGCUGAUUGUUCCUGGUCAUAUUUGUAACUAAAACUGAUUCAUUAAAAUAAUCGGAAAACCGUU